CCCUCACGGCUCCUCCUCUUCCUCCCCCCGCCGCGCCCGCCCCUUCGGCCUCGGCGAUGGAGGCGGCGGUGGCGGCGCCGGGCGGCAGGCGCUGGCCGCCCCCUGAGGAGGCAAAGUAGCGAGAAUCUGGAGCAGAAAAAAAUCCCACCAUGCAACCACAUUGCAGUCAUCUCCACAAUAUCCAAGGGAAUGGUGAUGAUUCUUCAUCUUCUCAGAAUGUCCAUGCAGUGAGACUGCCAGGAGAAAGCUCAUGCCAUCAUAGUGGAGAUGUUCGCGUACAGCUAAGCUCUGCUGUGGGAGAAGCUAGAGAAAAUGCAAGUUCCCGGCAUUCGAGGCCAGGCUGCCAAAGUCACUCACACGGACAUGCCCAUGGCGAAGCAGGGGGGCUCAAUGAUGCCACUCCAGACUUGGAGGAACACAGUGGCAGCUCCCUCUCAGAGCUCAGAUACCUUCUUCAGUGGCUGCACAAAAGUCUGCCAUAUAUCUUGAUUCUGUGUGUCAAAUUGAUCACGCAGCACAUAAUUGGCAUUUCUCUUGGAAUUGGGCUGCUAACGACUUUUAUAUAUGCAAACAAAAGCAUAGUAAAUCAGGUUUUUCUAAGAGAACGGUGCUCCAAGUUGCAGUGUGCUUGGCUACUAGUAUACCUAUCUGGAUCAUCUCUCCUCGUGUAUUACACCUUUCAUUCUCAGUCACUGUAUUACAGCUUAAUCUUUUUAAACCCUACUGUGGAUUUCAUGAGCUUCUGGGAGGUACUUUGGAUUGUGGGAAUCACAGACUUUAUUCUGAAAUUCCUCUUCAUGGGCUUCAAAUGCUUUAUACUCUUGGUGCCUUCUUUCAUGAUGUCUUUUAAAUCCAAGGGCUACUGGUACAUGCUGUUAGAAGAACUCUGCCAGUAUUACCGUAUGUUUGUCCCCAUACCAGUUUGGUUCCGUUAUCUUAUUGGCUAUGGGGAGCUUGACAGUGCACUAGGAUGGACCCUUGGGAUACUGCUGGGCCUACUCUACCUCAUCCUAAAACUUUUGAACUUUUUUGGACAAUUGAGAAACUUUAAACAGGUUUUACGGAUAUUUUGUACACGACCACACUAUGGAGUGACAGCUAGCAAGAGACAGUGUUCUGAAUCGGAUGAGAUUUGUUCAAUCUGCCAAGCUGAAUUUCAGAAGCCUAUUCUGCUUAUCUGUCAGCACACAUUUUGUGAAGAAUGCAUCUCUUUAUGGUUUAAUAGAGAAAAAACAUGUCCACUCUGCAGAACUGUUAUUUCAGACCAUGUUAACAAGUGGAAGGAUGGAGCUACUUCUAUGCAUCUACAGAUUUUCUAAAGCAUGUCAGAUGACUUCAGUUUUACAGUUUGUUCAAAUUAAGGGUUUGCGGCUUAUUGCAGCUAUGAUUGUAGGUGGCAUAGGGAAAGACUUUACAAAUUUUGGAUAGCUAGGAUUUUAUGCUUCUAUGAAAUGUUCCAAUAUUUAAAACAGUACAGAAAUGUACACUUGUCUUUAAGUGUUAAAAAAAAAAAAAUUCAGAAUGAAGGCACAAAAGCCAGCAUUACUUCUCUCAUGAUUCUUCCAGGAAACAGUCAAAUCCUUGAAAAUGCUGCAUUACUGCUUGCAGAAGCUUCUUAAUUCAGCAUUUUAUUCAAAGGUAUAAAUAGUAUUCCAGACUGUAUUUAUUUUUUCAACAUUACUCAAACUAAAAGGUCACCCUACAGGUUAUAUUCAGGUUAUGAGCAAUUUUUGUAGUUUGGACUACAAUGGGAAUUAGAGGUACUUGCCACACUUGGUAUUUUAAAGAUCAUUUAAUGCUAGCCCAACAGAUCAGAGAAAUCAACUUUUUAUUGAUGUGUCUAUAACUACUACUUUUCAUUGUACCUGGAGAUAAGCCACAAGAAUAGGAUGUUUGCCCUUUGGCUUCUUGUAGAUUUCUAAUGGAUCUUAGGCUUAAUACAUAAACCAACCACUGAUGGUAGUUUUUUACAUAGCAUUUUAUAAAGCUGAUAUUUUUAAAGCAAAUCUUUAAUACUAUAUUUUUUGUCGUAACAGGCAACCAGAUUUUCUUAUGGGGAGAAUCUAUUUUAUACUAUAUUUGCAAUUUGUAGUGUGCAUAAAAAUCAGAGAGAAUAAAUGCAUUUAAAUCUA